AAGAUUUCCCGCUAUCGUUUUGCCCUUUGUUUCAAACCCGAUGUUCUCUCUGGGAAGCUCUAGAAGAUGAUCAAGCUUUCUUUCAAUGGGGUCUAUAAAUUUCUGUGCUCUUUCCAGUGCUUUUUCAACCGACUCGUCUCGUAACCUCUAGCGGAAUUAUCUUCUUCUCGUCUGCUCUCAUUGCUCUCUUGCUCGCUUCUCUCUGCUGCAGAAAGUUCUCUGUCUCAACCAUUUCGGCCGCUACUGUUUCUGAUUAUGGCCGAACCAAUAUAUACUGUAGCUUCUGAUAGCGAAACCACUGGGGAGGAAAAAACAACUUCAACCUUUCCAGAGAUUGCGGUUGGAAUUGAUAUUGGUACUUCACAAUGUAGUAUUGCAGUCUGGAAUGGUUCGCAGGUAGAGCUUCUUAAGAACACUAGGAAUCAGAAAAUUAUGAGAUCAUAUGUGACCUUCAAGGAUGACACUCCUUCAGGAGGAGUCAGCAGUGAACUUUGCCAUGAGUAUGACAUGCUCUCUGGUGCUGCAAUUUUCAAUAUGAAACGCUUGAUUGGAAGAGUUGACACCGAUCCAGUUGUUCAUGCAAGCAAGAGCCUUCCUUUUCUAGUGCAAACUUUAGACAUUGGUGUUCGUCCAUUUGUUGCAGCUUUGGUGAAUAAUAUGUGGAGAUCUACCACUCCUGAAGAAGUUCUGGCGAUAUUUCUAGUUGAAUUGAAAAUGAUGGCUGAAUAUCAAUUAAAGCGGCCAAUAAGAAAUGUUGUUUUGACAAUUCCAGUUUCAUUCAGCAGGUUUCAACUGACUCGGGUUGAACGAGCUUGUGCAAUGGCUGGCCUUCAAGUCAGAUUGAUGCCUGAGCCAACAGCGGUAGCUUUGUUGUAUGCCCAACAACAGCACCAGGCUGUGCAUGAGAACAUGGGCAGUGGAAGUGAAAAAAUUGCCCUUGUAUUCAACAUGGGUGCUGGGUAUUGUGAUGUAGCUAUAUCAGCUACAGCUGGAGGAGUGUCCCAGAUCAGAGCCCUGACUGGAAGCCCUAUUGGAGGAGAAGAUCUACUUCAGAACACCAUGAAGUAUCUUUUGCCAAAUUCUGAAUCUAUAUUCUCAAACCAUGGAAUUGAUGAGAUCAGAAGGAUGGGAUUACUACGAGUUGCAACCCAGGAUGCUAUCCUGAAGCUUUCAUUUCAGACUAGUGCUCAAAUCGAUGUCAACUUAGGAAAUGGGUCAAAAAUAUGCAAGGUCUUAAGCCGGGAGGAGUUUGAGAUGGUGAACAGCAAGGUUUUUGAGAAAUGUGAGAAUCUUGUAAAGCAGUGCCUACAUGAUGCAAGAGUAGAGAUUGAAGAUUUGAGCGAUGUGGUAGUCGUUGGUGGAUGUUCAUCCAUACCAAAAAUCAGAAAACUUCUAAUGGAAAUAAGUAAAAAGAAGGCACUGUAUGAAGAAAUCGAUCCUUUAGAAGCCGCUGUUUCUGGUGCAGCCAUAGAAGGUGCAGUUGCAUCGGGCAUUGGUGACCCCUUUGGAAGUUUAGAUCUUCUCAGCAUCCAAGUAACACCCCUCGCUAUCGGAAUUCGGGCUGAUGGCAACAACUUCAUUCCAAUCAUUCCGAAAAACACCACAAUGCCAGCGCGCAAGGAGUUGGUUUUCACAACUGUUCAAGACAAUCAAAGCGAAGCACUGAUUGUUGUCUAUGAAGGCGAAGAGGCAAGAGCAGAAGAAAACCAUCUGCUUGGCUAUUUCAAGAUCAUUGGAAUUCCACCAGCACCCAAAGGAGUCCCUGAAAUUACUAUUUGCAUGGACAUUGACUCUUCAAAUACGCUUAGAGUUCUAGCUGGGGCAACACUCCCAGGUGCUCAACACCCUGCAACUCCUUUCAUGGAAGUCAAGAUGCCGACUAUCGAUGAUGGACACAGCUGGUGCGCGGAAGCUCUGCAUGGAAAACAUGGUGUGUCCAUGGACUUGGUUACCUUGAGGAAGAAAAGCUAGGUGAAAAAUCUGGAGGUUCCUACUCUGUUUCUGUAUACACCUUUCAUAAGUUUAAUCUGAGUAAAUAGCGAAAAUAAUGUGGGUGAGUGAUGUAAAUGUUACACUUUCAUGUUUUAAAUUGUCAAUAGCAUCCUGAAAAUGAACUGCUGUGAAGUUUUCCAUGCUGUAACUAUUCAAAGCAAUUCUAAAUUGUAAUGCUUCCUUGUUCAUAAAUUAUAGAGGCUUGAAAAUGCCUUCAUCAUGAUGAA